AUGGUCCAUCGACAUGCUUUUGAAGCAUUUGAUAGAACCUUGAGAGACUUAACAGAAAAUGAUGUUCCUUUUGGAGGUAAAAUCGUUAUUCUUGGAGGGGAUUUCAGACAAGUGCUACCAGUAGUGCAACGGGGUAAGAAGUCGCAAACUAUAGACGCGUGCAUUGUAAGGUCUGCAGUUUGGGAAGGUGUGACUGUUAUCCACCUUACUGAAAAUAUGCGAUCGAAAGACGACCUAAAAUUCGCGGAUAUUUUGAAAGAUAUCGGAGAUGGGGUAGCGACUACGUACAGAAAUGGUAUGUUAAGGAUUCCUGAUGAAAUGGUAAUCCCGUGGACAGGUGAGAAUUCUACAUCACAAUUGUUCAACACUGUAUAUCCAAACAUUUGUGUGAAUGCGUGUGAUAAGAGCUACAUGGUGGAAAGAGCUAUAAUGGCACCAACAAAUGAGUCUGCUGAUGCUAUAAACCAAAAUGCAAUCAACGCAUUUCCAGGUGAGUUGAAACAUCAUCACUAUGUUACUGUGACAGAGAAAAUUUAUUACUCUUUCGACAACGUUGAGGAUGAUGUGAGGAAUUUAUAUCAACAAGAAUUCUUGAAUGAUAUUUCUCCAGGAGGAUUACCACCACAUAAGUUAAUUUUGAAACAUGGAGCACCAAUACUUCUUCUAAGGAAUAUCGACUCAGCAGCUGGACUUUUCAAUGGAACGAGGCUGUUGUGUCGAGGUUUUUAUGAGCACUUGAUCGAUGCAGAAAUUGUUACUGGAAUUUCAGCAGAUCAUGUUUUCAGUCAUGGACAACUUUACGUGGCUUUGUCAAGAGGAGUUUCAAUGAGCUCGAUGAAGGUAGUUAUACGUGAAGGAAAAUUACAGGGUAAAGAUGGCACCUACACAAAGAACAUUGUCUAUAAAGAAGUACUUCUUAAUUAG